AUGUGGUUCUGCAAGAAGACAAGUUCGUGCGAUGUAGCAGGCUUUGCCACCACCGUGGCCACCAUCUUUCCGGUCCUCAACCUUGUGAUAUCCCUUCACGCCUGUGCCGCCAACGCCGAGCAACCAGUAUACGUCUCGUCUGGGAGCUAUGAUGAAGGUAACCUUGGCAAAUACCCCGUCCAAGAGUUCAAGUCUAUCCAGCUUAUUGCCCCUCGGCCAAACAUUGUUCGCCAGGACAGCCGAUGCACGAAAAACUUGUUGACAUUUUUCUCGCCUCGUGGCUAUGCUGAGCAAGCACAGCAUGCUCAAGCAACGAUUCUCGAUCACAAUGGGCAUUUGGUCUGGACUUCCGGGUGGGACAAUAAGCAGAUCUACAACCUGAUGGCGCAAGAGUACAAAGGUCACAAGUAUAUAACCUUUUGGGCAGGCAACGAUGCUGUAGGAGGCCACGGCGCCGGUUCCUACUACAUGCUGGAUGAAACGUACAAUAUGACGCGCCGCUUGCAUGCAGCCAACGGCAUGAAGGGCGACUUGCACGAGUUUCGAUUCACACCACAAGGUACUGCUCUGAUUACAGUCUACGAUGUUCAAGAAGUGGACUUGUCCAGCCUCGGUAAAAACACGGGCCCCAUCUGGGACUGUCUUAUCCAAGAGAUUGAUAUCGAGACUGGCGACCUGGUGUUUGAGUGGCGGGCGAGUAAGCAUCUGAAUAUUGCAGACACAUUCCGCGAUAUUGGCGGAGAGGGCGAACCUGGCGGCGCCCCAUUUGACUGGUUCCAUAUCAACAGCAUCGACAAGGACGCCCAGGGCAACUACCUCAUCUCGAGCCGAUACUUGAACAGCAUCUUCUAUAUCGACGGCAAGACGGGAAGCAUCAUUUGGACCAUGGGAGGCAAGGGGAACGUAUUCAAGGAUUUGUCAGGCGGCAAGGCGACCAAUUUUGCUUUCCAACAUGACGCACGGUGGGACAAUGACUACAAGGAAAUCACCCUCUUCGACAAUAGCCACGACGGUGGACCGUUGGAGAAUGCUCACCCCAGAGGCAUUCGACUCGGUGUCGACCAACUCUUCAUGACGGUCAGGCUCGUCACCGAGUACAAGAACCCAACUCACGUCCCCGCUGCGUCACAGGGCUCCAUGCAAAACCUCCCCAACGGCAACGUCCUUGUUGGAUACGGCUUCAGCGGCCUAUUCACAGAGUUCACGCGCGACGGCAAAGUCUUGUGCGAGACGCACUUUGGUCCACAGAGCGGAUUCGGCACCGGCGACGUUCAGUCAUAUCGCGUACUCAAGUUCGACUGGCAGUCAUUCCCCGAGACGAAUCCCGACUUGGCUAUUUCCCAGGACGACGGCAUGGUGUGGAGGGCAUACGUGAGCUGGAACGGCGCGACAGAUGUCUCGGCCUGGGUCCUCCAGGGGACCGAUAAUCCAAACGCUGGAAAAUGGAGGGUGAUUGAAAAGAAGACCAAGUCCGGAUUCGAAACAAACUUUUUGCUGGAAGCCGCCCAUCCAGACUACGUUAGGGCCGUGGCUUUGGACGCGAGAGGCAAUAUUCUCGGGUCGAGCGAGCCUGCCAACGCUACCAGGGUGAAGAUUGUAUGCCUAUAG